AUGUCAGCUGCUAUCCAGUCUACCAAAGCCCCUUUCCCAAUGCCUUCCGCCGAUCGUCCAGUCCAAGCCAAUUUCGUCGAGUACCCAGGCGUCAACUGUGUCAAAAGGGUCGGUACUAUUGAUGAUACCGAAAACGCUGAGAAUAUGAGAGCAGUCUUAGCAAGACUUGUGAAAAUCACAAAUAAGGUUAGGAUGGAACCUGGUGCUCAAUUAGUCGACGUCACUCUCACUUGUCCCGAGAAGACAACUCACCAUCAAUACUGGGAAAUUCCGGAGAAGUCAAGAACCGGUGCUAAGCCCUAUUCUAAAGCCAAUAGAUCCAGAUAUGCCUCCAAUCCAGCCGUCACCCAGUACUCUGCUCCCCCGCCCUCUGUUAGAUAUGCUCCUAAACCAGUGGCCACAGUACAGUACUCUGCUCCACCACCACCAAUAAUCUUCACUGCUCCGCCAUCCCAAUACUCUGUUCCACCACCACCGCUUUCAACAUGCAACUUUGUUCAAAGUCAGAAGCCUCCCACCAGAACUAGAUGUCCACUAGCCAUCGUUCCACCACCAGUGACCGACACGUCAUCGACCUUCCUGACACCACCGACAUCUGGACCGUCUUCCCCAACUCCAGUACCUCCUUCUCCAUCUGAUACCAAAGAGCAGCCACUAUUCGUCUUCAACAUUGGAGUUGCGAAUGCUCCGAGAGCUGGAUCUCGUGUGAAGAUUUCGGAUUCAGAUGAGGGAUUCAUCGUAUGCGAGGACAAGGAUUUCCAGCCGAAGAAGACUAAGAUUUUCACGUCAGAGGAGCUCCAGAAGCAAUCGAUUCUUGUGGAGGAGUGGAAGAAGAAGAUUCAGGAAGCGCUAUAA